AUGUGCGUAUGGGGAUGGGAGUUGGGGAGCGCUGGGCGGGACGGUGGUGGGAGAGCGAGAGAGGCGACGACCGUCGAGCGACUCGUCCAGCUCCGCACAGCCAAUCGCCGUCCUCGCUCCCUGCGGCUUUCACUCUGGUCCCCGCCCUGCGGCAGACCCCGCGUCGGUUUCCGUCGGGCUCCGCCUCCUCUUCAGGUCCCCGCCCUGCUCUCUCUCGUCCUCCUCGUCGUCGACAACGUCCUCGACAACCGCUCAUUCGCAGUCUUCUCCGGCAGCAGCUCCAUUGCUAACGGCAUGCCACCGUUCUGA